UCGUUUUGCUUCAUCAAACUUCCAAAGUUGUCAGUUUGGGAACUGGAAGUAGUGUGAAUGACAACUACCAACUUCUUUUUUGGUCUUGUAAGGCACUACCAUCUCUGAAAUCAGAUUUCUUGUGGCCUAAAAACACAUUUGUAAGAGUGGUUGCAUUAGCAAUGGAUUUAAUCUGAAGCUUCAUGCAUCCAUUGAGAACUUCUACUCAGACCUAUAUUAUAGGCCAAUUAAGAGCCCGUUGGUUGGUUGUACUUGUAGGUUGUUGUCAUUUGUCUCAAUUGCAUGCUAUUAUGUGAGUUGUACUUUCAAAAACAUUGUUUGUUUUAAUGCAUCUGUGCUGUAAGUCGAGCCAGAAAAGUGGGGAUAAAGACGUGUGGAACUCACUUUUAUAGAGUGAGUUUUCAAAUACUACAAUCUCCAAGUGUUUGAGAUUGCAUGUGCACUCUGAAUUGCACUCAAAUGCAUCAAAAGUGUCUACCAAAAACGAUACAUUUGUUCUUUUGCAUGAAGUUGCUAAUUUCACCCUAACAAUUACAUGCAAUGAAACGACUUCUAACAGGCUUGUACAAUUUGGAGAGUUUGAUGGGAAUUGGUAAGUUUCUACGUGAGUUACAUGACUCAAGUCAAUACCAUCUUCCUUGAACAGGGUCAGAACGUUAGAUUAGGUGAGAAUAUACCAGUUGAUAAGUGAUAUGCCAAUUGAUAAGUGCUGAUUUAAAAUCGGUUUGUUUGAAUGCAUGAGUCCAACAAGUCAUAAGAACUUGAAAUUCCUAGUAUUUCCAUGAGUGUGAAUAGACAGAUACACAUGUGCUUGCUUCCAGGGACAAACUACUGCAGAAGUUUCUACCUUGCUUUGGUUUUGACCUUUGAAAACAAUUAGUCCAAGUUAGUGAACAGGAAAGUAGUUAUGUUGACAUUGUUACUACUUGCUGCUAUAUAUAUAUAUAUAUAUGUGUGUCCAUUGAGUCAGUAGGCUUCAUGCUAUUGCUGCCUAAACUUAAGUCACAAGCUGUAUUAGAGUUUACGUGGAGAAGUACUAAUUCAUAAAAUGUACAAGCUUCUGAUUUGUAAUUCUACAUUGUCUGACAAGCUCUUCGAUCCUGGAUGCCUCCAUACCAGCUUUGGAAUCAGAAAGGAGAAGAAAGAUCACUACACAAAUGUUCCUCGUAAUGCCAACUUGGAGAAGCUACCAAAGGGCUAUCUGUUUCCUGAGAUUUCCUUGCGUCAGCAUCAGCACCUUGAACAACAUCCUGACGCAAGCUUGAUAAGCCUUGGGAUUGGUGAUACAACAGAACCAGUACCAGACAUUGUAACAUCAAGAAUGGCCGAUUUUGCAAGCGGCCUUUCAACACUAGAAGGGUACAGAGGAUAUGGAGCUGAGCAAGGCAACAAGGAACUCAGGAAAGCAAUUGCAGAAACAUUCUACAAAGAUGUAAAUGUGAAAGAUUCUGAAGUUUUUGUAUCUGAUGGUGCACAGUGUGACAUCGCUCGCCUUCAGCUGCUUCUUGGUUCACGAGUGACUGCAUCUGUUCAAGAUCCAUCAUUUCCGGGUUACAUUGACACAAGCGUAAUAAUUGGCCAAGCUGGUGACCUGGACCAUGAAACCGGUAGAUACCAUCGCCUUGAGUACAUGAAAUGUGGACCUGAAAACAAAUUCUUCCCUGAUUUGAGAAGGACAUCAAGCACGGAUGUAAUCUUCUUUUGCUCUCCAAAUAACCCAACUGGGCAUGCAGCAACUAGGCAGCAGUUAGAGCAGCUAGUAAAGUUUGCUAAAGAUAAUGGAUCAAUCAUAGUAUUCGACUCUGCAUAUGCAACUUACAUUUCCGACGAUUCUCCUCGAUCUAUCUUCGAAAUUCCUGGUGCUAAAGAGGUUGCAGUUGAGAUUUCUUCUUUCUCAAAAUUUGCUGGUUUCACUGGAGUUCGCCUUGGCUGGACAGUAGUUCCCUCAGAACUCUGCUUCUCGAAUGGUUUCCCUGUUAUACAUGACUUCAAUCGCGUGGUGUGCACUUGCUUCAAUGGAGCUUCGAAUAUAGCUCAGGCUGGUGGACUUGCCUGUCUUUCCUCUGAAGGUUUCGAGGGUGUCCGAACCAGGGUCAACUACUACAAGGAGAACGCAGAGAUACUUCUGGAUGCUCUUGCUUCACUUAACAUCAAGGCAUACGGAGGCCAAAAUGCGCCUUACGUUUGGGUUCAUUUUCCAGGAAUGAAUUCUUGGGAGGUGUUUGAUAUGAUCCUCGAGAAGGCUAACAUCAUAACCGUUCCAGGAUGUGGAUUCGGCCCUGGAGGUGAAGAGUUUUUGAGAAUCAGUGCUUUUGGCCACAGGGAAAGCAUCCUGGAGGCUGCAAGGAGGCUGAAAGCUUUGUUCUCGUAGGGGGGAAAAACCCCAGAAACUCCAGUGCCUCUUAACAACUUCUACUAUGCCUACUAAAUAAAACGAAAUGCUGGUCUUGAACUUGAAAGAUUCAUGGAUCCUGGAUCGCUACGACAGCGUGAAGAUACAACUCUAAUGAUGGCUAAUCUUUGAUAUGAUUGCUGUGACAUUUUCUUCUUCCUUUUGUGGGUAGGAAGCUUGGUGUGCACGGCUUCGUUUCCUUGUUGCCAAGGAAUUGAAAACGGUUUUCACAAC